AUGGAAGAUGUGAGAACCAGGAGAGGAGCUGAUAUAGCUUCAGAUCACCACUUAGUUGUGGCCAAUUUAAAACUGAAGCUAAAGAAAAACUGGAUAACUGGACAAACAGCACUACAAAGGUUCAAUACAGCCUUCCUUCGAGAUACUGACAAACUCAAUGAAUUCAAGAUAGCUCUCAACAACAGGUUCCAAGCCUUACAAGAUCUACUGAAGGAAGAAGAAACUAUUAUGGAAGACAACUGGAACGGGAUCAACGAAGCACUAAUCUCAUUAUGUCAGGAGGUUCUGGGCCGCAAGAAGCAUCAUCAUAAGGAAUGGAUCUCUAUCGAAACUCUGAUCAAGAUUCAAGAAAGGAAGAGCAAGAAAACAGCAUUUAACAACAACCGAACAAGAACAGAGAAAGUCAAGACACAAGCUGAAUAUAAAGAAGCAAACAAGCAAGUCAAGAUGAGCAUUAGAGCUGAUAAGCAGAAAUACGUGGAAAAGCUAGCUAUGACAGCGGAAAAAGCUGAAAGAGGGGGAAAUAUGAAACAACUAAAUGACACGACGAAGAAACUGGUAGGAAAAUAUAUUAAACCGCAGAGACCAGUCAAUGACAAAGAAGGCAAGCCAAUCACUGAGAUUCAAGAACAGAGGAACAAAUGGGUGUAA